CAGCCCUCCACCUUCGUACACAUACCCACUUCCCCUCAUCCCUAUUACCAUUCACUGCCACCAUGUCAGACGAUGAGCAGCACCAGCACAACUUCGAGCAGGCCUCCGCCGGAGCCUCGGCCACCUUUCCUAUGCAAUGCUCUGCCCUUCGCAAGAACGGGCACGUCGUCAUCAAGGGCCGUCCUUGCAAGAUUGUUGAGAUGUCCACCUCCAAGACUGGCAAGCACGGACAUGCUAAGGUCCACCUUGUUGCCAUUGACAUCUUCACUGGCAAAAAACUGGAAGAUAUCUGUCCUUCUACCCACAAUAUGGAUGUUCCCAACGUCUCCCGUAACGAAUAUCAACUCGUCAACGUCGACGACGGUUUCCUUAACCUUAUGACGCAGGACGGUACUGCUAAAGACGACGUCAAGGUCCCUGACAGCGACCUCGGCAAGCAGAUCCAGGGUGAUUUCGACGAGGGGAAAGAUCUGCUCGUCACCAUCGUCUCCGCUAUGGGCGAGGAACAGGCUAUCUCCUACAAGGAAGCGCCCAAGGGCAGCUAGACGUAUCGCCUCUCGCGCUCUGCAUUUUUACUCCUCGAUAUCCGUUCCUCCAUCUUUUGCGCUGUUCUGCUUCUUCCUGCACAAUCAAUAUAGCACCAGUCCUCAUACGUCUGUGCAUGUACUCAUUGAAGUGUUUCCAUGUACUUCGCACGCCGUCGUUGUUCUAGUCAGUCGUUGUUGUUGAUCAUGAUAUAUCGGAGCUAGCGUCGCAUCUAGCAGUUCUCACAAGUUUUCCUUUGCGUGUCUCGCAAUGGACUUCUGCAUGUAUGCGAAUCUAACAGGGAGAACGAAGUGCCGAAGUCGU